UUUAAAUAGUCUCAGUAUAAUAAAAUCACAGUGUUUUACUACACUGCCAGAAACAGGCGUCCCCUAAAGUAGCCCAUUAGUCCCAGGCCAAGAUGGGAAAAAUGGGUGAGGUCGAGUCGUCACUCUAAUGAAUCAAGGGGGAUGGGACAACGUUACGCGCAGCACCCACCAGCCUCUCAUAUCCAAUGACGGCUUGGAUUGGAUUUGCAAAGGGGGAUGAUGACUCCCACUUUCUCGUGGCUGGACGCAGAGGGCGGGGCUCCGUGGCUUCGUUUGACAGCUGCGAAAUGGAAAAUGUAUAGCGCAUAGAAGAUCUGGGAAAGCAUGCUGCUCCAAAGCAACCAUACCUUCAGAAGGAAUGGGAUGCAGCAUGGCCCUUAAUAGACUGCGAAUGCCCUCGUAAAUCUGGAGACUGGAGACACCCCCAAAAAAAGGAAAGCGGAAUAAUUACUGAAAUUCUGCGUAGAAGGCUGGGAUUUUUUUUUUUAGGGAUAUGCACCGUGCGUUUUCGUUCCCGGUGACGGUGGAGCGCAGUCGGACCAAGGAGCGUCUGGAGGCGAGUCUGGCCGGACUGUGUGAGCUGGAGCUCCGCAAGCAGAGACAGGAGUGCCUGGUGCUGGGGGCGCUGGCUCUGGGAAACCUCUAUCCUCAGGACAGCUCCAGGGGAGAGCUGGCGUGUUUCAGCAGCUGGGGGCAGGAAAACUUGACACUAAGGCGCCAGCUGAGUGCCCUUCAGAGUUCCCCAUGGGGCCUUAUGCAGGCGCUUGAACAGCAGGUGGGAGAGCUGAGGAUCGACAUCGAUGACUGCUGCUAUGAAGGAGCUCAAGGAGACACAGGCGACAGUCGGCCUAGUUCUGGUUUCUAUGAGUCGAGUGGGGGUCAAUCGCCAAAAGGAAGAUCUUGUUCCACUGAACCCACAGAUCCCAUCUCCCCCUGGACUUUCACCAAUGACAGGCCAAAGUCUGUGGGAGAUCCCCUCAUGCUCAAUGUAGACCUGGAUAUGCCGGUCAUACGCACCACCCUCCCCCGCUCCUUUUCUGCCCCUUACCCACCUCUGGAGGGCAUCACAGAGGAGAGCUCUGCAGUGGACUCGUGGCAGUGGGACCCCAGCGGAGCGAACGAGGCCUGGGAGGAGCAGCAGUCUGCAGAGGACCUCGUGACAGAGGAGGACUACCAGCAGGCCUUGAGGGUAGAGGGUUACAUACUAAGUCUGAUCCAUCGUCACACCCUCGCGCCACGGCCAUGUCAGCCUCGUACUACCCUGAGCCCUGACCCCCUGUACUGCAGUGCCUCCGGACACAGCUCCCUACACAGGAGAACUCCUUCUCUGACGACAGAGCAACACCCUCCCGACCCCCACAUCCAGCCCUAUGGUGACCUUUCAUCAAACCAGAGGAACCAGGGCUGGGGUUGUGACCUGCUGGAGGGGGAGGCCUGUGGAGGAGAGGCCCCAUCUUUGGAGGAAGACUGCUAUCUGGCACUGCCCUACCCCCAGCCGAGGCCACACUCCCUGGCUGAGAGGCUGCCAUCACCUCUGCCCUCCUUGGACCCCAACUAUGGUGGUGGGGUGCUUGACCUUUGCUGUGAACCCCCUUCCCCCCGGCAUUACCAACACCCACAACCCCCUACUCAUCACAAACACAAUUUAGUCAGUGGUCAGUAUAUCCCUGGACACCCUUGCCACGCCCCCUUGCGCUCCCCUAGACACUACAACCCAGAGCAACCUAAGCUUAACCAAGCCAUCGCCUCCCCUGACCACCUCAACUCCAAGUCCAGACCCUCUAAGAAAAGCAACAAUGAGAGACAGAGAACCAAGAAGUCCAGCAGUAAAACCAGUCGUUCCCAGUCUGAGAACAGCACCCUGAGCCAACGGGUGCUGCCUGAGCGCAGGUACAGCACCACCGAGAGGCACCAUGGAAGAGGGGACCUUCCUCAGAACCAAGGUCAAGGCCAAGUCUCAGGACAGCAUGCAGGCCACAACGGGAGCCGACGUUGGUGCUCCAACCUGGAGCUCAGCCAGGACGAGGGGGAAACCCAGACACAUAGACGGCCACCUCGAAAAACCCGCCAUGGUCAUCCUUGCCCCCAGUCCCAACCCCAGAAGUACCACCCUCAGGUGCAGCACGCCCAGCGCUGGCACCCAGACUUUCAGGAACGAGCACCUUUGUGUCAGGGAGAGGAAGGCUACGCUGGCGCUGCUGCCCCCGCAGAGUCCGAGUCCAGCAUGAGUGAGGUGUAUUCUCCGGCCUCCAGUUCGCUCUCCAGUGACUCGGAUGAGAGCGGGGGGCUGGUGUGGCCCCAGCAGCUGCCGCCCCGCCUCGCCUCCACCUCAUCCUCGUCCUCACCUUCACCACAGGCCACUGCCAACGCCCCCGCUCAGCCAAAAGCCUUUGUCAAGAUAAAAGCCUCCCACGCUCUGAAAAAGAAGAUCCUCAGAUUCCGCUCGGGGUCUCUCAAAGUCAUGACUACUGUGUGAGGAAAACCUGUUUUACACUCUUUACUGAUGUUUUGUAAAGCCAUUGUCAGAGCAAGAUUUGCGUUCACUACUUUUCAAGUCACCAAUCAUAUGCUAACUCUUCAUACCCUACCUACCUCUAACACUAGGGAUGUUGCUUGCAACUAAUUUCCCUGAAGUUUAAACGGACGCUUAAAUACAAUUUAGUCGACGAGUUUUAAGGCAAGAAAAAAAAUCUGGAAAACCGUCAAAAUUGAGCGUGAUUUAUUUAAGUUGAGGGGAAGUUGAUCUUAUGCAGUUGUUGUCAUGAUGAGCUGUGUCACAUUAUCAGACAGAGUGCGAUCACAGUGUCUGAGGUUUAUCAUCGUCACAUUGGAUUGUCAAGUGUGGCUAAUGUUAGCAGCAGUGAAAUACUACCAAACCAUGCUGCUCCUACAAGAUGGUAUCCGUUGACUGUGCUCGUUUACAUCGGGGGAAGUAGAGCAAUAAAUCGGAGCUACAGCCCUGGCUAGUAGAGGCUCGCUUCAUGGCACAACAUUUGACCUGGAUUGAGGGCUGACAUAAAAUAUUAAAAACUAAUUGAACCGACUAGUUAUUCUGUUGACGAAUAGAGAGGGCGAUGACGUUUAGCUGUUCAGUCGUGCCUAUCCUGAUCUGAAAUAAUCUGUCCUCAAGAGAGAGGGGCAUUAACUUCAAUGGACUUAGAUAAAGAUCUGCUCGGGAUCACUUGUCUGAAAUGUCUGGUUGAAUUUAUCUUGUUGCUGACAACCACCAGACACUCGACUAAUGGAGGCUAUCCUGUGCUAAUUGAUUAUAAUGGUAAUUGCACAUUUCCACUGUGAUUACAUCAACCACAGUGGCUGUAAUUGACUGAGUUUGCUUCCAGUUUCUAUUUCAGUCCGUUGGUAUUAUAGUUAAUUCAUUACAGAUUUAAAGGUGACCAUUUCCAGCAGUGUCGAGAUGACAAGGCAACAAAAUGAGGUUUUAAGUCUUUUAAAAUGGCCAAGCUGUCAACAUAUUCAAGCUCAUGUUUGAGAGGUUGAGAGGCUUCUUGGAAAGUACUGUGUAAUUUGGUACUGAUGAAAUUGGGGGAAAAAAAGUCAUUUAUUUGAAAGAACAGCGCCAUUUAAAUCAAAGGACAUAUUCUUGGAAUAGAAGUUAAUUAUUGGAAACUUAAUGCACAAUUUUCUUUUUUAUAAUUUAAUUUUCUGGUUUAAUUUAAAAGCCUUGCAGGGUUAUGCUUCCGAUUUAUUGGAUAAAAAGGAGUCUCCUAUUUGACCAUUUGACUCAUUUUUUCCAGAGUUUAGUACAUGUUUAAAUAGCUCUUGCUAAAAAGGUCAGAAAGAAAAAGAUUCCAAAUUGAAUCAGAUCAGAUACUUAAAGCAUCACAAAACUUCCAUUGUGUGCUAAGACUAUUUGUCCUUAACGUAACCAGGAUCUUAUGUAAAAA